GCGGCGCGGCCGGGCUGGGCUCGGAGCGGAGCGCGGCGGAGGGAGGAGGCGGGCGCUGUCCAUGGCCCUGCCGAGCUCCGGGCUCCGCCGCGCCGCCGAGCGGAGCGAUGGGCAACACGGUGCACAAGACGCUGGCAGACACAGGCCACCAGACCCGUUCAGUCUCCAGCCGUCCCUACUACAGCCUGCCCAACAGCAGCCAUGAGCGACGCUCAGUGCUCACCGUCACAGAGCCGCCACGUUUCCACUCCCACGCCAAGGGCAAGAACGUGCGGCUGGACGCCCACUCCCGACGGGCCACGAGGAGAAACAGCUUCUGUAACGGGGUCACCUUCACCAACCGGCCCAUCCACCUCUACGAGAAGGUGCGGCUGAAGCUGGUGGCCGUGCACCAUGGCUGGAGCGGGGCCCUGCGCUUUGGCUUCACCAUUCACGACCCGUCACAGAUGAGCUCUGAUGACAUACCAAAGUACGCCUGCCCAGACCUAGUGACCCGGCCUGGCUAUUGGGCCAAAGCUCUGCCAGAGAGGUUUGCUGUCAGGGACAACGUCUUGGCCUUCUGGGUUGACCGCCAUGGGAGAGUCUUCUACAGUAUUAAUGAUGAGGAGCCAAUAUUGUUUCACUGUGGUAUUAAAGUCUCCGGUCCUCUCUGGGCACUCAUAGAUGUCUAUGGAAUUACCCACGAAGUGCAAAUAUUAGAUAGCAUGUUUGCAGAGACCAUGACCACUGCUCGCCUCAGCAACGCCCGUCUCAGCACUUGCCUUCCCCAGAGCAACCACGACUCGGCCAACUUCAAUAAUAAUGAACUGGAGAAUAACCAAGUGGUGGCCAAAAUAGCAAACCUAAACCUGAGCCGGGUGCCUGGACUUGCGACAGACAACCACAUCAUCCCCUGCUGCCCCAACCGGCGGCCACGUGUCCAGGGAAUCCCGGCCUUUCUGGACACAGACCUGCGAUUCCAUCCCACCCGCGGACCUGACAUCACCUUUUCUCAGGACCGGAUGGUCGCCUGCACCAACUGGCAAGAGAGCAAUAGGACUUUGGUGUUUUCUGACCGCCCUUUGCACAUCGGCGAGAGCCUGUUUGUGGAAGUGGGACACCUUGGGUUGCCGUAUUACGGGGCCCUCUCGUUUGGCAUCACUUCUUGUGAUCCAAGUACUUUAAGGACAAAUGAGCUCCCAGCAGAUCCGGACGUUCUCCUGGACCGCAAGGAGUACUGGGUGGUGUACCGGGCCUUCCCGGUUCUCAGCAGUGGUGACAUCCUCAAUUUCACAGUCUUGCCAAAUGGCGAGGUGCACCAUGGGGUGAACGGAGCGAGCCGUGGCAUGCUGAUGUGUGUGGAUACCUCGCAGUCUCUCUGGGUGUUUUUUACAAUCCAUGGUGUAAUCAACCAGCUCAAAAUACUGGGCACUGUGCAGUCCAGCCCAGUGACCGUCUCGCCCUCAGGGUCCCCCAGCGGCUCGCAGUACGACAGUGACUCUGACAUGGCCUUCAGCGUCAACAGGUCAUCAUCUGCCUCGGAGUCUUCACUCGUGACUGCUCCCAGCUCUCCCCUGAGCCCUCCCAUCUCUCCCGUCUUCCCCCCUCCAGAGCCAUCCAGCAGCAAGAACGGGGAAUGCACCGUCUGCUUUGACAGCGAGGUGGACACGGUGAUCUAUACCUGUGGACACAUGUGCCUCUGCAACACCUGCGGUCUUAAGCUGAAGAAGCAGCUCAACGCCUGCUGCCCCAUCUGCCGACGGGUCAUCAAAGAUGUUAUUAAGAUUUACCGCCCAUAGCGCCCGGCUUGGGCUUGGGAAGGGAGACAGCCGCUAGCAGUAACCAUGCCUUUCCGUCCCUGCUUAUGGGUUAUUGUGCUGGUCAGUUGUAAUCAAGUGGCUCGUAAUCUGUGUUUCCUUAUUUGAUUGGUAGGGCACAAUUCAGGGAUCAAAUAGAGCUAAGGAUCACAUGAGGCCGUGCUGCUGGGCUGCAUGCCCGCACAGUGAAUUGUGGUAGGGACCUGACCCAGCUGCAGAAGGGAAAUUCUCUGUGCCAAGCUCUUUGAUCUUCCAGAGGGAUGAGGCUGAUGUGGUGUGGGUCAGGAGGGAACGCUGCCAUUUGUUGGGUGCUGCUGGAUUGUCCAGACAGCUCUGUGCUGCUGGUGCUGUGGUGGAGCAAAAUUAGAACGUGGCCCGGUGGGGGGGUUUGGAGUGGUCAAAAGUGAUCUGAGAAUUUAAUACCCAUCCAUUUAAGGGGAACAAGUGAAGGCCAAAAUAGUAGCACAACCAAACUGUCAUUUGUUUGAGUUCUCAGCAGGCAUUUGGGGCAUGUGGAGGAGCUGCUUUAGGCUUGACUGCAGCAGCUAUUGCUUUUUGUGGCAGAACAGAGCCCCAAGUUUUGUUCUGCUCCUCCCAGCAUGGGGCAGUUGUGGUCUCAUGGGGUCCUGCCUGGCUCAUGUCUCUUCCCCCAGUCCCUGUGAGCUCACCUUCUCUCUUGGGACUGUACUAUAUUUCUGCUGCCUCUCUGGAUUUCCCAGCACAGCUCCCACUGCCCACAAUACUGGCUGCCAGUGGAGGUUUCAGCCACAAGCAAGAAGUAAUUGGGAUGAAUAGGGAUCAAACAUGGCUUUGCAAGGGGGGUGGGAAGAAAAAGGCUCUGAGUCUAUUAAAAGACUUAAAAGGUAAAUGGUUAUUAGCUGUGAUGUUAGACAGCCAUGAGCAGCAGCAAUCCAGAGGAGGUGGGAAAUGUAUGGGCAGGCAGUAGGGCUUUGCAGGGCUUGGUGUCCUCCCUGGUGCUCCCACAGGAGCUCCCCUACCCUCUGUCCUCCUGCAGGCUUCCUCCCUGCUCCUUCUUCCCACACAAGGAUGCAAACCAGAGGGUGAGAGAGGGGCUGAUGUCAUUCUAGCUCGGUGAUCGUGUGCCAUGAAGUAAGAAAGGUGCAGUUAUCACAUUUCAGUCCAUAAACAGAGAAAAGCAACCUAUGUGCUGCAGGGCUGCUGAGUACAGAGGGAUGCUUGUGUCCAUCCAUGCCAUGGAUGUGCUGCUGCCUCUCUGCUGCUACUGCUGAUGGCCUGGUCAUUAAGCCCAGUGGGGGCUGUGGGGCUGCUGUCCCCCUUGCUGGGGUCAAUGAACUGUCCCACAUGCGCCCAGCAGGCAGGGCACAGAGAAAACUUUUUUUUUAAUUGCUUUAACUUAAAGAGCUGAUGAGUGUUUCCAUUUAGUGUAUAGAUGAGAGGCUGCUUCAGAAUGGGAUCUCUCAGCCACUGUCCUGCUCCAUUGACACGAGUGUCUGCUGGUAUUGCAGUGCCCUUUUGGGGAACUUAGCACAUCCCUGCCUGUACAGCACUGCCUUUGCAUAAUCCAGCAGCCAGAGCUGUUUUCCAGCAGCUGAAGCAUUGCAGUGACCUCUCAAGGCUGCCUGCCUUUGGAUCCCCCACUCUUGCAUAGCCUGGCCUUUAUAGCUCAAGGCCUAGCUGUAGUCAGUGGGCACAGCACGGAGCUGCUUGGUGACACCUGGCCAGGUGGGCUGCCCACCCUGUGUCCUUGCUGUGCAUGGGAUGCAAUGAGAACUCUUUGCAUGAGGAGGAGCUCAAGGAAAGCUGAAUUCAGAGCACUGGGUGCUGGCUGGGAUCACACUGGACUAACAGAUGCCAGUGGCUGUCCCCAUGCUCCCUGUUGCAGAUCUGCCUGCUUUGUUUGGAGCUGGUACCCCACCGCAGUAGUGUGUGGCCCAUUUAGUUGGCUGACACUUCAGAUCUUCAACAAGCAGGGCUGACUGCAUGCAAGGUUCACUUCUUGGUGCAGCUCUUAUAUUUAAGCCAGCAAGGAGAAACAGCAAAUCACUACUGGCAGGUUGUUUAGGGGUGUUUUUUGCUGCUGCAGUUGUGAGCGAUUUCCAGGAGGGCAGCACCCAGUGAGCUCUUGGCUGGGGGGUGAAAUGAGCGGAGCCAGCAUCCAGCAGAGUGGGGAAUAGGCAGCAUUGGGCACAUCAACUGUCAGAGAGCAACAGGGAUUUUCUGAAGCAGGUGGCAGAGGCCUCUCACAAAGAUGUCCAGGACGAGGCAGCCUUGGAUAGAUUUAAUUGUUAGUCCUUGUAUUGCUAUUUCUUUUUAAACAGUCCUAUGAUACAUGACUUGUACAGAAGAUCUGUUUGUGCCUUAUAAGGGUGUCUGUGCACUUUUUAUCCUUUUUAAAGCGACUUUUAAAAUAAAAAGGGGAGAAAAUAACCCAGAUUCAAUGGUAGUUUUAUAGAGUUUUGUGUUCACCGAGAAGCCUGCUUUGUAUAUAUUUAUAUAUAUGUAUAUGAAGUUAUAUAUAUAUAUAUAUAUAUAUAUAAAUACAGUAGCAAAAUAGUGUUUAUUUCCAUGGAUUUUUCCCCCUUGCUCCUCUUUGUUGAUUUUUUUUUCUUAAGAAAGAAACAAUAGAGUGAGGGGAGCCCUUUUCCUGCCCCGAAGGGGGGAAGUUACUUCUGUUUACCUUUAUGAUUCAGUCCUGUGAUCUGCACACCAUGCUGAAGCUGACUCAGACAUUGGACCUCUGCAUUGGGCUUCUCAAGCAACUCAUUGGGACUGGAGGGGGGAGGGUGGGGAAGCUGCACUUCUUCAUGUCAGUACUCUAUAGCGUCGUGAUCAGUGCCGUGUGUGUUUUAUUUUUGUCCAUUUACCUGUUUUACAUUAAUAUAAUUUUACUUGUUUAUGAAACAAAUAAAACUUUGGCAAGUA